AUGGCAUCAAAGGACGACUAUGUCUUGACUCGAGACAUCUUCGACAACACCAGGCUUAACUUGAUACACCACCUGUGGACGAGGAGCUCUGGAUAUGUAAUUCACCCUGCGAUCCCUAUCAAGGACACCGAUCUUCGAGUCGCAGAUAUCGGUGCAGGUACCGGAGUCUGGCUAUGCGAUGUGAGCGAGAGACUACCGAAGACCGCCCAGCUCUAUGGGUUGGAUAUUUCCUUCGAUGCAAUGCCACCGCUAGAGAUUCUGCCACCUAACAUCUCUCUUCGGAUUUGGGACAUACGAACGCCAGUCCAUGAAGAACUCGUUGAGUUUUUUGAUAUCAUCCAUAUACGCUUCUUCAUCUUUGUGCUGCGGGAAAAUGAAGUUUCAUCUGCGGUGGCUAAACUAAUGAAAAUGUUGAAACCUGGCGGGUACCUUCAAUGGGUUGACUCCGAACACACGAGCCUACGUUUUGAGAAAACCAAACCUGAGAACAGCACAGAGAAUAUGAGUCAGCUUAUGAGCUUACUUGAGUCCCAAAACACCCGACUUGAACCAACUUGGGUUCCUGCAUUACCGAAAAUCUUCACUGAGAAUGGCCUAGUUGGUGUAGAGCUAGAUAAACAAAGCACUCCGCGCCACCAUGCGUACAUGAUGCACGAAAGUGGCUUGAUGAUUCAUGAGCUUAUCGCACGCAAGACCAAGAAUGAAGAGAUGGCGAAAGAGAUCAAACAGCUGUUACCUCUUGCAAUUGAUGAAACGCGGAAAGGGGCUUAUUUGACGACUGAUCGCUAUACCGUUAUCGGCAAGAAACCUGAAUAA